UCAAUACAUGGACAGAGGCAGAAACUUAGAAACCCAAAGACCCAGAAUGGCCAACAAGGCCUCAUAGAUUAACCUUCUAGAAUCAACAGCCCCUAAAAGAGUUUCAAGCGCAAAAGACCCUUUACCCAAAAGACCCUAUUGAGGAGCCUUAAAUCAAGAGAGACCCCAAGAAGGAAGUGAAAAAGUCACCCAGGCUUGAGAGAAGCCCCCAGAGAAGAGGCCCCGGCCCAAAGACACUCCCCAGAGGGACCUCAGGAGGAGAAAGCUGGCAGUGGGGCAUGCGAUUCUCUUGACUCACUCUUCUUUUAUGUGGCCUCUUCUUCCCCAGAUCCUACUCCACUCCAGGACUAUGCCAAUUUAUGGCCAUGCUCCCAACAGCAGGUCACCUCCUGUCCCUCCUGCUGAUGAUAGGCACAGGGGGUACUGUGCCCAGCCCCCUGGUGCCUCCCCGGGGCUGCUAUGUGGCAAAGGAAGCAGGUGAACAGACGUUCCGCUGCAGCCAGGCAGGUCUGAGGUCUGUGCCCUCUGGCAUCCCCAACAACACCCGCAAGCUCUACCUCGAUGCCAACCAGCUGGCAUCUGUGCCUGCUGGUGCCUUCCAGAACCUGCCUGUCCUGGAGGAGCUGGAUCUGUCCCAUAAUGCCCUUGCCCACCUCUCAGGGGCGGCUUUCCAGGGCCUGGAGGGCACGCUGCGCCACCUCGACCUCUCUGCCAACCAGCUGGCCUCGGUGCCCGUGGAGGCCUUUGUGGGACUACAGAUCCAAGUGAACCUAUCCGCCAACCCAUGGCACUGCGACUGCGCCCUCCAGGAAGUACUCCGGCAGGUGAGGCUGGCGCCAGGCACUGGGACAGGCAUCGUGUGUGGCCCAGGAGCCCGACCGGACCUCGUGGGGCAGGAGUUCCUGCUGCUGGCAGGGGAGGAAGAGCUGUGUUGGGCAGGGCGGGGCGGGGCCCGGAGGAGCACCGAUGUGGCCCUGCUGGUCACCAUGGGGGGCUGGCUGACACUCGUGGUGGCUUAUCUGGUGCGUUAUGUGUGGCAGAACCGAGAUGAGACCCGGCGCUCCCUCAAGCAGGCCCCAGUGCUGCCCGUGCGUUCUGAAGAUUCCUCCAUCCUCAGCACAGUGGUCUGAUGACCCAGGAUGCUCCUCCAGCCACACCCCACACUCCUACCCCUGUGCCCUCUCCUCUGGCCCCCUCUGCCUCCUGUGCAGCUUCACCCCUGCCCCCAAGCCCAUCCCACCCCUCCCUCCUUUAUUCCCCCUAAAUACCUGCGCUGGCGCUCUCUCUCUCUCUCUCUCUCUCUGUGUCAUCUUAACCAACACCAUCUUUGGUGCCUGGAGUUUUUUUGUGCCUACUCUGUGCCUGGAUUGUGCUAGACUCCCCAGAACAGAGAAUGACAGCAGGUGGGGUGGGAGCAAGAGAGGAGGGGCUGUGGGGGGCAGGUUGAGGAGAGAGCCUGCACCUGGCCCCGGGCAAUUUCAAAGGCUUCGCUGUAGGAUGUUUGAACUGAUUCUUUUUUUCUCUUUCUUUUUUUCUUUGAGAUGGAGUCUUGCUGUGUCGCCAGACUGGAAUGCAGUGGUAGGAUC